AUGAGCGAUAGAAAUUUUCGCGUCGUUAUUGUCGGUGCAGGCCCAGUUGGGCUGUAUUUGGCUCAUGCCAUGGAGAGGGCGAAUAUUGACUAUGUGGUCUUGGAGCAGCAGUCAACUGUGCUCAACCUCUCCGGGCAACUUCUCUUUACCUGGCCUCAUACCGUACGGCUUCUUGACCAACUUGGCCUCUACCAGGCUGCAAAAGAUUCCGCCAUCCCCAUGCUUUACAAGAAACGCGUUUAUGGGCAUGAUGGACAAGUUACUUCCACCAACCAAUUCUGGGACUACGUGAAACCACAUCACGGUUAUCCUUUCCUUCCCAUGCCGCGAAGUGAAUUAAUCAAAGUUUUGUAUUUCAAUCUGAAAUAUAGAGACACGAAUAUCACUACCAGCGCUGAGGUUGUGGACAUCGAGACAUCUGCCGAAGGCGUUCGUGUCCAUCUGCUCAAUGGCAACAUUGUAAACGGCUCCAUCGUAAUCGGCGCCGACGGGGUCCAUAGCAAGGUCCGCAAGGUCAUGUACAAUCUAGCAGGGGAGUUGUCCCCUGAGCACAUGGCGUCAAAUUUUUAUGGCAUCUUUGGCUGGGCAGACAUCUCAGACCUGCCCAUUGAGCCCGCAGUAUUCUUCGAGUCUCGAGGCGCAGGGGCCGUAGUCCAAUGUUUGGGGACUCCAGAGAGACUGCGGUUCGUGACUCUGAAGCCACUUCCAGCGACCCUGACAGGACGCAAGAGAUACUCAAGACAAGAGAUGGAGGAUUAUGCCGCGUCCAUUGCUGAUGUUGCCAUAUGUCCUGGAGUCACAUUCAAAGAUGUAUGGGCAAGAGCAGACAAGGACAAAGCACGAAUGCUGAACCAAGAAGAAGGCUUCAUGAGCCUCUGGCAUCACAAUCGCAUUGUUCUAGUAGGCGAUGCCGUGCAUAAAAGCACCAGUGUCAAUGGUCUGGGAAUGACCUGCGGCCUGCAUUCUGCGGCGGUGCUGGCCAAUUUGCUGCAGGGUCUAGUUGCGUCCAGAGGUCAGAAUCCCUCAGUAGAUGAAAUCGACAAGAUCUUCUCUCACUACCAGCAAGAGCGGCAGGGCGAAGUCAAGCCGGUAUGGGAUGGUGGUUACUCCAUGAUUCGCCAAGUGACACGAGAUUCGUGGUUAUCCUGGUUAUGGGACAGAUACGUCUUGCCGUGGGUUGAUAUGGAGAAUUUCAUGAAGGGCAUCAUUCCCUCUUUGCUCUUGAUCAGACAUGGGAACAUCUUGUCGUACGUUCCCUUUGUUGUCUUCCAAGAAUCGAAAUCAAUCAAAACCCCCGCCAAGACAGAAACCCAAGUUACCCAACCGCCUUCCACAAUGUCUCGCUUGACCCCCCCUAAGACUAUCGCUGGGAAGCCUGUGGGCCCCGUAGGCUAUGGCCUCAUGACCCUCACCCUUUUCGGCGGCAUUCCCUACGACGAGGCGAUCAAGCCAAUGAAGGCAGCCCUGGAAAAUGGUGCUACAUUCUGGAAUGCUGGAACAUUCUACGGUCCUCCACACGCCAACUCUCUCCAACUCCUUAAGUACUACUUUACCAAGUACCCGGAGGAUGCCUCUCGCGUCGUGCUCAGCGUCAAGGGGUCCUACGAUGGCGCCACCCAGACGCCACAGGCCAGUCCAGAACAGAUCCGGGCCUCCGUAGACGAGUGUCUGGCUGUACUCGAUGGUGUCAAGUCCAUCGAUCUCUUCGAGCCCGCGCGUAUCGAUCCCAAAGUGCCCGUUGAGACUAGCGUCGAGGCGCUCGUAGAACUGGUCAAGGAGGGCAAGAUCGGAUCCUACGGCCUCAGUGAGGUAAACGCUCAGACAAUCCGUCGUGCCAACGCCGUGUACCCCCCAGCUGCCGUUGAGGUCGAGCUUAGUCUGUUCUCACGACACGCAUUGGAUAAGGGCGGCAUCGUCGACACAUGUCGCGAACUCAACAUCCCGAUCGUUGGCUACAGUCCGCUGGAUCGCGGCUGGCUGACCGGCCAGUUCAAGACUCUCGAUGACAUCCCUAAGGACGACUUCCGCCACUACUACCCGCGCUUUCAGCCCGGCAACUUCGAGAAGAACGUUAAGUUGGCUGAGGCUGUGGAGCAGGUCGCCAAGAAGAAGGGCACCACCAGCGCCCAAGUCGCCAUUGCUUGGGUACAGCAGCAAGGUGUGCUACCUAUUCCCGGAUCUACUAAGGUGCCACGCGUCCUGGAGAACACGAAGAGCAUUGAGCUUACCGAAGCUGAGUCCGCGGAGCUGGAGGAUGCUCUUAGCAAAGCGACGGUCUCAGGCGCUCGGUACCCUGAGAUGUUCCAGGCCCACCUGAACCAGUAA